AUGAUUUUAGUACUAAUUUCCGCUAUUUUACUAGGUGUUUUCACCUAUUCUGUAUGGAUCUGGUCAUAUUUUAUUCGAAAAGGAAUCAAAGGGCCACGUGGAUUCCCUGGUAUUGGGAUGCUGCUGCAGACUCUCGACCAUGAGAAUCCACCGUUUUUAAAAUACAGGCAGUGGACAAAGCAAUACGGGCCUGUUUGGGGAUUCACAGAAGGUCCUCAACAAACAAUGGUGAUUUCUGAGCCCGAAAUGGUUAAUGAAAUAUUCAACAAACAGUUCGAUAACUUUUAUGGAAGAAAACUCCGUCCAAUCAUUGGUGAUCCAGAAAAAGACAAAAGAGUGAACAUGUUUGCAGCACAGGGAAAACGGUGGAAACGUUUGAGAACGAUGUCAAGUCCUUCUUUCUCUAACAACAGUUUGAGAAAAGUUAAAAGUACUGUACAAGAGUGUGGAUCGGAAAUAUUGUGGAACAUCGAAAGAAAAGUAGCAACUGGCGAAGAGAUUGAUAUGCUUUUAUUCUACCAGGAAUACACACUUGGAGUUAUCAGUCGUAUUGCUCUGGGACAAUCUGAAUCCAAAAUGUUCCAAAAUCCAUUACUACUGAAAGUCAAAUCUAUUUUCAACGGUUCCUGGCACUUAUUCCUUCUCACCGGACUUUUCCCGCCACUUGCCUCCGUUAUCCGAAAAAUGUCGAAAUCUCUACCUGCUGAUUUUGUGCCAGCUUUUAAAAUAUUUGACCUUAUUGAGACUGCUGUAGAAGCACGAAUGGCCCAGCGGGAAAGUGAUAUCAAGAAUGGAAUCGAACCAGGAGAGCCUCAAGAUUUCAUUGACUUAUUUUUGGAUGCCAGAACUGAUGCUGACUUCCUGGGAGAGAAAAACGAGGACUUCUCGAAAACGGCAGUGAUGAAAGUUAACAAAGAACUGACUUUUGAUGAAAUCGUAGGACAAUGCUUUGUAUUUCUGGCUGCUGGAUUUGAUACUACCGCAUUGUCUCUUUCAUACGCCACGUUUCUAUUAGCAACGCAUCCCGAUGUACAAAAAAGGCUUCAAGAAGAAGUGGAUAACGAAUGCCCGGAUCCUGAAAUUAGUUUUGAUCAACUAUCAAAACUAAAAUAUAUGGAGUGUGUGAUGAAAGAAGCAUUGAGGUUGUAUCCAUUGGGUGUGACAGCCAACACAAGGAAAUGUAUGCGUGAGACAGUAAUCGAUGGCGUUAUAUUUGAAGAGGGAAUGAAUAUUCAAGUUGAUACGUGGACACUUCAUCAUAACAAAAGCAUUUGGGGAGAUGAUGUCGAAGACUUCAAGCCUGAAAGAUGGGAAAACUCUGCCUGCGAACACCUGGAACACAAUGGAUCCUACAUUCCAUUUGGUUCAGGGCCACGGCAAUGUAUUGGAAUGCGGCUUGCUCAAAUUGAACAGAAAAUUAUUCUGGCUCAAAUUCUUAAAGAAUACUCGUUCAGAACAUGCAAAAAUACACAGAUUCCAUUGAAACUUGUCGGUAAAUUAACGCUAUCUCCUGAAAAUGUCAUAGUUAAAUUGGAACCUAGAAAGGAUCUCUUGUAA